AUGGAGGAGGAGCUCCGGCCGUACCCGGCCACGGUGAACGAUCAAGGGGUGUACGCGCACGUCAAGGCGGUGGCGGAGGGUAUGCUGGGCCCGGUGAACGUGAGGCUGUCUCCGCAGAUCAUGGCCGCGGAGGACUUCGGGUUCUACGCCGAGAAGAUCCCGGCGGCGUUCUUCGGUGUCGGCGUCCGCGGCGUCGGCGAGGAGAUGCACCACGUGCACACGCCGCACUUGGUGAUCGACGAGGACGCUCUCCCCGUUGGAGCGGCCCCGCACGCCGCCGUGGCCAUCGAGUUCUUGAAGAAGCACGCGUCCCCGUGCGGCGGAGGAGGCGUGCUCGAGGAAAUAUAA